AGCACAUAGGGGAGCUAGUGCUGCCUCCUCUCCCUCGUCCCCGAUCGAUCGAGCUAGGCCACGCAAGCUAAGCAGGUCGUCGUCAAUCAAUGGCCGCCGGCCGCCGCCUGGACCUCCCCGUGGUGGACCUCGCGUCCCCCGACCCUCGCACCGCGGCCAAGUCCAUUCGCCAGGCGUGCAUGGAGUACGGCUUCUUCUACGUGGUCAACCACGGGAUCGAGCGCGCCCUGCUGGAGCAGGUGUUCGCCAACAGCCGGAAGUUCUUCAAGCAGACCAUGGGGGAGAAGAUGGCGCUGCGGAAGAACAGCAGCUACAGGGGCUACACCUGGCCCUACUCCGAGAAGGUCGAUGACUCCCCCGAAGGAGAUUCCAAGGAGACAUUUUAUAUUGGCCCAAUAAUGGAUGAUGAAAAAUUGGAGAAUGACAUUAAUCAGUGGCCUUCUAAAGAACUCUUCCCUUCCUGGAAAAAGACAAUGCAAUCAUACCAUGCAGAUGCAUUGGCUACAGGCAAAAGAAUAUUGUCCCUAAUUGCUUUGAGUUUGGACCUUGAUGCUGAAUUCUUUCACAAGAAUGGCGCAUUUGAACCCCCUUCAGCAUUUAUUCGAUUAUUACACUAUGCAGGUGACGUAAAUUGUCCAGACAACAAAGAAAUUAUUGGUGCAGCAGCGCACACAGAUUAUGGAAUGCUAACCCUUUUAGCAACAGAUGGAACACCUGGCUUGCAGAUAUGCAGAGAAAAAGAUAGACAUCCUCAGAUCUGGGAAGAUAUUCACCAUAUUGACGGGUCCCUUAUUGUUAAUAUUGGCGAUUUGUUAGAAAGGUGGACUAAUUGUGUUUUCAGAUCUACAUUACAUCGUGUUGUCCCUGUCGGUAAAGAGAGAUACUCUGUUGCUUUCUUCAUUGAUCCAAGCCCGAAUCUAGUGGUGAAAUGCAUGGAAAGCUGUUGCAGUGAGGCAUAUCCAUCAAGGUUUGCACCUAUCAAGAGUGGUGACUACAUUGAAGAGAAAUUAAGCUCGGUAUACAAAUUGGCAACCAGUUAAUCAAGCGAUCAAGUACUGCACGUAAAACAGUGCCCUGUUAUGUGGCCAAAACAUUUCUUAUUGAUGGUAUGGUCACAGUAUCAUGUCUGAUGGACUAUUCCUGGUGUACUUUCUAUGUUUUCUGUUACAAGGAAUGAGUGCAAAAAAAACUUGCCCAAUAAAUUGAAAGGCGUGUAUGUUUACCUCAUUUACAGAGGCUACCAACUUU